UCUUCUGAGUCGACUUCUGAGGGCACUUGAGAAGCAGCCGGUACCUCUCUGCAAUGACACUUACACUUCUAUUCAUCAUCUUGAUCGCGUGUCCCCUCGAGUCCACAGGGGCAAAAUGGACAUAUAAUGGACCUGAUGGAGAACACAACUGGUCCAGCAACUACCCAUUUUGUGGAGGAGCAUUUCAGUCACCCAUCGACUUCCAAACACAGCUGCUGAGAUACGAUCCAAACCUGCCGCCCAUCCAGGUCCAGAACUACAACCUGUCGACCAAAGAACAGCUCACUCUCAGCAACAACGGCCACUCUGUGCAGUUGUCUUUGCCGUCUCACAUGUACAUCUCCAGCCUCCCUCACAGAUAUUCAGCAGCUCAGCUCCACUUCCACUGGGGCUCUUCCAAUCUGCUGACUGGAUCAGAACACACUGUUAAUGGCAAACGGUUUGCUGGAGAGAUGCAUGUAGUACACUUCAAUUCUGACAAAUACCCCAACAUCUCAAUGGCAGUGGACAAGCAUGAUGGACUGGCUGUGCUGGGAGUUUUCAUUGAGAUUGGAGAGUUCAACCCUGCUUUCGACAAAUUCUUCAAAUACAUGAAUGGGAUAAAGUACAGAGAUCAGAAAAUACAGGUCACAGCAUUUAACAUCCAUGCGCUGCUACCGGCCCGUUUGGAUGAGUAUUACCGCUACGAUGGUUCUUUGACCACACCGCCCUGCUAUCCCAGUGUACUAUGGACCGUGUUUAGGAGACCGGUCACCAUUUCAAGAAAACAGUUUUUGGCAUUGGCCACAGCUCUGUACGCUUCUUAUGCCCAAGAGUCUACUACUGUGCCACUUCACGGAAAUUACCGGAAACCACAAAUCGCAGAUAACAGAGUGGUACUGGUUUCCUUCAAGGAUGGACUGCAUGGUAUUCUUUCAGCGGCAUCCCCCUUUCAGAGGAAGCAAGUCAUCCAGAAACUUCUGGUGGGUGACCUUGCGGAUUUGGCUGACGAGGGACUCUACCAACUUCUGCCAAAGUUGAGUCCCCAACCGGGAAAGGAUAAGAAAUUGAAGAAGACCAAGAAGCAGGGACACUGGAGCCAGGCAACUCAGAAAAAGCAGUGGUCAAAGAACAAGGUGCAGAGCAAUACUGGCUACUCCUCUUCCGUUGGGAAGAACACACCAACACCGUGGUAUAUGGGAGCAUUUGAUACGGAUAAAGGGAUAUGCUUUGUAUCCCUGGAGGAGAACGUCAUGCACAAACUCGAGAGAUACCAUGCAAAGGGUCUGAUGGUUGAAGCUCUGAGAGAGGUCGUCUUCCCGGAGUUGAACCUCAGGAGUUACUUGUACUGCCGGUCUGAUCUAGACCUUCAGACCAUAAGAAAACUCAUACAAGGAAGAUCUCGGGACGAAGCCGCCGAGCUCGAACAAUCACUGGCUGAAGCCAUGCUGAAGAAGAUGAGGAGGCAAAUCAACCAGCAUAGAAACCCAAACAUGAAAACCACCAUAGGGCAUCCUCAAGCCACAAUCCCGAAGGACUUCAACUCAGCCUUGACUUACCACAGACCUCAACGUGCUGAAUGGGAAGAUUAGACCCAGCGAGGGCCACGGUCCUCCCCCGAGGGCCUAAAUUUCUGCAGUACGCUGUCACGCACAAUAUUCAUAUAGUCAAGUCAGCUCCUAAGGCUAGCAUGUCAUUUGAGUAAUAUUUAU